AUGGCUAAGCCCUCAAUCCUGAUCGUGGGCGGAGGCGUCUUCGGUACAUCCACGGCCUACCAUCUCUCCCAGCGAGGCUACGACAACGUCACGGUACUAGAUCGAUUCGAUGCACCCUCCAAAGACUCUGCGGCAACAGACCUGAACAAGGUCGUACGCGCCGACUACCCCAACCCGCUGUACGCGAAGCUGGGCAUGGAGAGUAUGCAGGAGUGGAAGGACCCUAAUUCCAUCUUCGCAGGGAUGUAUCGCGAGAGCGGUUGGGUCAUGGCGGGCCACGGCCUGACGCGGGGAUGGCUCAAUAGCGCUAUGGAAACGGCCGAGAAGGCGGGCCGUGAGGGGGUGCGGUUCAUGACGGCCGAGGAGAUGAAAAAGAGGUGGCCUGCUCUGACCGGGGAGUUCCCGGACUGGACCAACUUGUGGAGUCCUGCGGCUGGUUGGGUGCCGUCCGGGCAGGCUCUCUUGAGAAUGGCCAAUGCCGCAAAGUCACAGGGGGUGAAGUACGUCUGCGGAGAGUCUGGCUAUGCCAGGAAGUUGGUAAUAGACGGCAAAGGGAAGUGUGAGGGCGUCCUGGCCGCAGAUGGGACGCUGCACGUGGCGGAUAUUGUCGUGUUGUCUACUGGUGCCAAUACAGCCACCCUGGUUGAGGCGAAGAAGGAAGUGGUCGCACAAACAUCAGUCAUCUGUGUGAUAAAGUUGGAGCCCCACGAGAUCGAAAAGUACAAGGACAUGCCCAUAAUUGAUGACUUUGAACAGGGCAUCAUAUUCCCUCCUGAUGAGAACGGCUUAAUCAAGCUCUGCGAUUAUCCUGACGACGGAUGUCCCACGGAAGUCGAAGAUGAGAUGCGUACGUUUGUCAGAGAGAUGAUUCCGGAGCUUGCUGACCGGCCAUUCAUCUCUUCCAAAAUGUGCUGGGACGGGCUGGCUGGUGAUCUUAAUUUCAGAAUCUGCCCUUACCCCGAGAGUAAGAACUUGUUCGUCGCCACAAUUGGCUCAAAUCAUGGGUUCAAGUUCCUCCCAAUCAUUGGCAAGUACGUCGCCGACAUGCUUGAGGGGAAGCUGGGCAAGGAAUGGCAGGAUCUGUGGGCUUGGAAGUUCGGCAAGGUUCCUGAUGACUUUCAAGAUCCUCACCCGUGGCCGCUCCGGGAUAUAUCGGACUUAUCAGGUUGGAAAGGGCGGAAUGCAGCUGGUGAGGGCAAACUUCCGUGGACAUGGAGUCGACUUUAG